CACCACGCCGCAUGUCAGGCGUCCACGCGAUAUGGCGUGGCAUUCCUUCGAUGCGGCCGAGCAGAGCCUCAUUCCUGCCCUGUUUCGCUACUCUUCUUUAUCCAAUCCGUUCCUCAACCACACGAAAGCCUCCACAUUGAUCCCCAGGCAGCCAUCACAGUACUUGCAUCCGCGUGGCAGUCCUGACAUCAUCGCAGCACGAGAUCUCAACUCAAUCUCAACAUGACUAUAGCAGCAAUCGAGCGCCUUCCAGUGGAGCUACUGCAGCCCAUAUUUGCAUCUUCCAGCUACAACCUCGCCCUCAUUCAAGCAUCCGCGAUCUUGGGCGCUCGGUUGUCGAGCGAAUACGUCUACCACAACACGUGUGACUACUAUCUCAGAGACCAGUGUGACGGCCAUACUGUGCGAUCUGCAGCUCAGAGAGUUAUAUUUGCCAGCAGAUGGAUGACUUGGUCGUUCUUCAAAAGCUGGAUUGUCAAGACGUACGGAAGUAAGGGGUGUCUUUGCGGUCUAACACCAGAAGAAGGAUGCUUCGAUGCCCAAUGGCCUCCAAACUUCGAAGAUGCGACAUCCAUGUUCUUUUCACGCAGUCAUCUACAGCGUCUCGCUUUCGUUCGUUGUCGACUACCAAAGAAGCUGCUUGACGGCCCUUGGACCGUAGACAAAGUUCAAUUCUUGCGUUUUUUGCUUUGGACAACAAGCAUGACUGUCGAUUGGCAAGACCCAGAAACACGUCAACUCACUGCUGGAGGAAGACGGCGAGCAUUUCUCGAGAACAAUCUUGGAGCGGUAGAGCUCUUCAACCACAAUCGUCGUCUCGGUAGGCCGCCAACACUGGAGACUGUUCAAUUUGCCGUGGCAGACGCAAGUUGCGAUCGAUCAAUAGUGUACGAUACCUUGAGAAGUGCGUACAGAUGGAGCUCGUCAAGUGAAGCUUGGGACUAUUCUUCGCUACAUCAGUGGUGUGACCAACGGAUAUGGGACGACGACAUCCGAGGGGUAUGGUUGCGAGGCAUCUUGCAGUCCUUGCGCCAUUCUAAGCUUGCUUUCUACGAUAAGAUCAUGGACAGAGAUGCCCUGUUCAGCAACAUCGUCGAUGCGGCGGCGGAAGCAUACAGUGACAAAUUCUGCGAUGAAUUCAUCCGGAACCAACUCCCCUGGAAUAAGGUAAGCUAUAGAUUCACAUACAUUCCAUACGGCUUGGAAUUCUUCGCUGUCAAACUUCCCAUAUUUGAAAAGAAGCAGAUCACGUUCUAUGAGUGGGCAAGAUACUGAGACUUCCAAGGCUAUUGUGACUCGGGGUUGGCUCAUUGUUGGCUCUCUUCUGCCCACGCACCAUCGUGUUGCACAUCAGAUACAUUGGACACAAGUCAUGCAGCAGGCCGGACCCCGCAUGUACUCAGGGCCUAGCUGCCCGCGACGACUGAGCUGCUGUAGUGGUGAUGGGAGGGAUAUUCAACAAGGGCUGGCUUGGCUCAAUGUCCCAACUUCUCGUCAAUGAUCACUUUUUCGAUGGUCAUGGUAAAACAGUCGAUGAUACUGUUUUCUCAGUGCGUCUUCUUGUUUUCGAUUUAUUGACAAUACGGCUG